CGAUAUUUCAAACCAUUGGCGCGAUAUGAUGCGACGAUACGGGCUGCGAAUGCCGCCCGUGCUGUCGUCCUGCUGCCACCGCUUCUUGUCGUCCAACGAAGAUAUCCUAUCCGUCGCACGAGUGGUGCAUGCAAAGUCUCCGACUAGCUUCACUGUUCUCCCGUCGACAUACGUCGUGCCAGACCAUGACGACUUUCCCCUACACCUGCGAGGAAAGUCCCUCGCUAUCUCGGAGCUACGGCGGCAAUACAAGAACCACAAAGUGCCCUCGUCCCUCGUUGAGCAAUUCGACGCGUUGUCGUUCGUGUGGGACGUCAACUUCCACAAGAGUGCGCUUCGACUGCACGCGUUGACCGUGUACAAGGAACUCCAUGGCGAUCUCAAUGUGCCGCGCCAUUUCAAAGUCCCCGCUGGAGACAGUCGGUGGCUGGUAGAUACGUGGGGGCUCUCUCUCGGCGCCGCCGUGCACAACAUGCGCACCGGUCAUCUCCUCUUGCAUCCUGGGCACGAAGCGUCGUUCCUUGCGUUAGGGUUUACGUGGGAUGUCAAGAACUCGCAGUGGGACGACCACCUCGAGGCCCUGCACCAGUACAUCCGACUGCACGAGCACUCCCACGUCCCUUUGCGCUUCGUCGUGCCCGUGGACGAUCCCGAAUGGCCCGUGCACAUGCGCGGCAUCCCCCUCGGACGAGUGGCGGCGUCAUGGCGGCAACUCGGCGAAAACGCGAUGCCCGCGGACCGCCGCGCCGCACUGAACGCGCUGGACUUUGUGUGGAACGCAUGGGACCACCAGUGGACGCGCAACAUGGACGCGCUGAUGGCGUACGUCAAGCAGCACGGCGAUUUGCUCGUGCCCAAGCGAUUUGUCGUGCCCGACGACGACCCUUCGUACCCCGAGCACACGCGGGGGCUGGCGUUGGGCUCAUUGGUGCAUUCGACCAGGAACCGGAUGGACGACCUCCCCCGAGCCCACCACGACGCGUUGGACCACAUCGGGAUGGUGUGGGACCCGCUGGACUACCACUGGGACCACGUCGUGCUGGCCCUGCGAACCCACGAACGACUCCACGGACACCUGCGCAUCGCAACCAAGUUCAAAGUGCCCUGUGGCGACCCCCACUGGCCCAAAGAUACGUGGGGACUGCACCUCGGUAGCCUCGUGACGCAGAUCCGGCAUCGCGCGGUGGCCAUGGCCAUCGACCAAGUGGAUUUGUUGGCGAUGAUCGUCAGGCAAGACGAACAGGACGAGCUGGAGAAUGAUACGAAUAGUAGUUUGCAUGCGGAAACCACCACGUCGUCGUCAUGACGGGGGGGGUGUUUGUGUGACAAGGUCGUGACGAGAUUGUGUGAGACACGGGGCAAAAGAUAUCGUAGUAGUUAAGCCAAGCAUGAGACAAAGUUAACGCGACAGGGUUGCCGACGCGUGCUCGUACACGCCGAAGAAGACAAA